AUGACCCCGCCCUAUUCUCCCGCUUUCCAUCACCCCGCCCCAUUCUCCCUCUUUUCAUCACACCGCCCCAUUCUCCCUCUUUCCAUCACCCCACCCCAUCCUCCCUCUUUCCAUCGCCCCGUCCCAUUCUUCCGCUUUUCAUCACCCCAUCCCAUUCUCCCUCUUUCCAUCACCCCGCCUCAUUCCCCCUCUUUCCAUCAGCUUGCCCCAUUCUCCCGCUCUCCAUCACCCCGCCCUAUUCUCCCUAUUUCUAUCACCCCGCCCCAUUCUCCCGCUUUCCAUCACCCCGCUUUCCAUCACCCCGCCCCAUUCUCCCGCUUUCCAUCACCCCGCCCCAUUCUCCCUCUUUCCAUCACCCCGCCCCAUUCUCCCUCUUUCCAUCACCUCGCCCUAUUCUCCCUCUUCCCAUCACCCCGCCCCAUUCUCCCGCUUUCCAUUACCCCGCCCCAUUCUCCUGCUUUCCAUCACCCCGCCCCAUUCUCCCUCUUUCCAUCACCCCUUCCCCAUUCUCACGCUUUCCAUCAUCCCGCCCUAUUCUCCCGCUUUCCAUCACCCCGCCCCUUUCUUCCUCUUUCCAUCACCCCGCCCCAUUCUCCCGCUUUCCAUCUCCCCAACCCAUUCUCCCGCUUUCCAUCACCCCGCCCCAUUCUCCCGCUUUCCAUCACCCCGCCCCAUUCUCCCGCUUUCCAUCACCCCGCCCCAUUCUUCCGCUUUCCAUCACCCCGCCCCAUUCUCCCUCUUUCCAUCUCCCCGCCCCAUUCUCCCUCUCUCCAUCACCCCGCCCCAUUCUCCCGCUUUCCAUCAUCCCGCCCCAUUCUCCCGCUUUCAAUCACCCCGCCCCAUUCUUCCGCUUUCCAUCACCCCGCCCCAUUCUCCCUCUUUCCAUCAGCCCGCCCCAUUCUCCCUCUUUCCAUCACCCCGCCCCAUUCUCCCGCUUUCCAUCACCCCGCCCCAUUCUCCCGCUAUUUCAUCACCCCGCCCCAUUCUCCCUCUUUCCAUAACCCCGCCCUAUUCUCCCUCUUUCCAUCACCCCGCAACAUUCUCCCUCUUUUCAUCACCCCACCCCAUUCUCCCGCUUUCCAUCACCCCGCCCUAUUCUUCCGCUUUCCAUCAACCCGCCUCAUUCUUCCGCUUUCCAUCACCCCACCCCAUUCUCCCGCUUUCCAUCACCCCGCCCCAUUCUCCCGCUUUCCAUCACCCCCCCCUAUUCUCCCUCUUUCCAUCACCCUGCCCCAUUCUCCUGCUUUCCAUCACCCAGCCCCAUUCUCCUUCUUUCCAUCACCCAACCCAAUUCUCCCGCUUUCCAUCACCCCGCCCCAUUCUCCCUCUUUCCAUCACCCCGCCCCAUUCUCCCGCUUUCCACCACCCCGCUCCAUUCUCCCGCUUUCCAUCACCCCGCCCAAUUCUCCCUCUUUCCAUCACCCCUCCCCAUUCUCCCUCUUUCCAUCACCCCGCCACAUUCUCCCGCUUUCCAUCACCCCGCCUCAUUAUCCCUCUUUCCAUCACCCCGCCCCAUUCUCCCGCUUUCCAUCACACCGCCCCAUUCUCCCUCUAUCCAUCACCCCGCCCUAUUCUCCCGCUUUCCAUCACACCGCCCCAUUCUCCCGCUUUCCAUCACCCCUCCCCAUUCUCCCGCUUUCCAUCACCCCGCCCCAUUCUCCCGCUUUCCAUCACCCCGCCCCAUUCUCCCUCUUUCCAUCACCCCGCCCCAUUCUCCCGCUUUCCAUCACCCCGCCCCAUUCUCCCGCUUUCCAUCACCCCAAGCCAUUCUCCCUCUUUCCAUCACCCCGCCUCAUUCUCCCGCUUUCCAUCACCCCGCCCCAUUCUCCCGCUUUCCAUCACCCCGCCCCAUUCUCCCGCUUUCCAUCACCCCGCCCUAUUUUUCCGCUUUCCAUCACCCCGCCCCAUUCUCCCUCUUUCCAUCUCCCCGCCCCAUUCUCCCUCUCUCCAUCACCCCGCCCCAUUCUCCCGCUUUCCAUCAACCCGCCCCAUUCUCCCGCUUUCAAUCACCCCGCCCCAUUCUUCCGCUUUCCAUCACCCCGCCCCAUUCUCCCUCCCCAUUCUCCCGCUUUCCAUCACCCCGCCCCAUUCUCCCUCUUUCCAUCACCCCGCCCAAUUCUCCCUCUUUCCAUCACCCCUCCCCAUUCUCCCUCUUUCCAUCACCCCGCCACAUUCUCCCGCUUUCCAUCACCGCGCCUCAUUAUCCCUCUUUCCAUCACCCCGCCCCAUUCUCCCGCUUUCCAUCACACCGCCCCAUUCUCCCUCUAUCCAUCACCCCGCCCUAUUCUCCCGCUUUCCAUCACACCGCCCCAUUCUCCCGCUUUCCAUCACCCCUCCCCAUUCUCCCGCUUUCCAUCACCCCGCCCCAUUCUCCCGCUUUCCAUCACCCCGCCCCAUUCUCCCUCUUUCCAUCACCCCGCCCUAUUCUCCCUCUUUCCAUCACCGCGCUCCAUUCUCCCGCUUUCCAUCACCCCGCCCCAUUCUCCCGCUUUCCAUCACCCCACCCCAUUCUCCCGCUUUCCAUCACCCCGCUCCAUUCUCCCGCUUUCCAUCACCCCGCCCAGUUCUCGCUCUUUCCAUCACCCCUCCCCAUUAUCCCUCUUUCCAUCACCCCACCCCAUUCUCCCUAUUUCCAUCACCCCGCCCCAUUCUCCCGCUUUCCAUCACCCCGCCCCAUUCUCCCUCUUUCCAUCACCCCGCCCCAUUCUCCCGCUUUCCAUCACCCCGCCCCAUUCUCCCGCUUUCCAUCACCCCGCCCCAUUGUCCCUCUUUCCAUCACCCCGCCCCAUUCUCCCGCUUUCCAUCACCCCGCCCCAUUCUCCCGCUUUCCACCACCCCGCCCCAUUGUCCCUCUUUCCAUCACCCCGCCCAAUUCUUCCUCUUUCCAUCACCCCGCCCUAUUCUCCCUCUUUCCAUCACCCCGCCUCAUUCUCCCGCUUUUCAUCACACCACCCCAUUCUCCCGCUUUCCAUCACCACGCCCCAUUUUCCCUCUUUCCAUCACCCCGCCCCAUUCUCCCGCUUUCCAUCACCCCGCCCCAUUCUCCCGCUUUCCAUCACCCCGCUCCAUUCUCCCGCAUUCCAUCACCCCGCCCAAUUCUCCCUCUUUCCAUCACCCCUCCCCAUUCUCCCUCUUUCCAUCACCCCGCCCCGUUCUCCCGCUUUCCAUCACCCCGCCCCAUUCUCCCUCUUUCCAUCACCCCGCCCCAUUCUCCCGCUUUCCAUCACCCCGCCCCAUUCUCCCUCUUUCCAUCAACCCGCCCCAUUCUCCCGCUUUCCAUCACCCCGCCCCAUUCUCCCGCUUUCCAUCACCCCACCCCAUUCUCCCGUUUUCCAUCACCCCGCCCCAUUCUCCCGCUUUCCAUCACCCCGCCCCAUUCUCCCUCUUUUCAUCACCCCGCCCCAUUCUCCCUCUUUCCAUCACCCCACCCCAUCCUUCCUCUUUCCAUCGCCCCGCCCCAUUCUUCCGCUUUUCAUCACCCCGUCCCAUUCUCCCUCUUUCCAUCACCCUGCCCCAUUCCCCCUCUUUCCAUCAGCCUGCCCCGUUCUCCCGCUCUCCAUCACCCCGCCCUAUUCUCCCUAUUUCUAUCACCCCGCCCCAUUCUCCCGCUUUCCAUCACCCCGCUUUCCAUCACCCCGCCCCACUCUCCCGCUUUCCAUCAACCCGCCCAAUUCUCCCGCUUUCCAUCACCCCGCCCCAUUCUCCCGCUUUCCAUCACCCCGCCCCAUUAUCCCGCUUUCCAUCUCCCCGUCCCAUUCUCCCGCUUUCCAUCACCCCGCCCCAUUCUCACGCUUUCCAUCGCCCCGCCCCAUUCUUCCACUUUCCAUCACCCGCCCUAUUCUCCCGCUUUCCAUCACCUCGCCCCAUUCUCCCGCGUUCCAUCACCCCGCCCCAUUCUAUCGCUUUCCAUCAUCCCGCCCCAUUCUCCCGCUUUCAAUCACCCCGCCCCAUUCUUCCGCUUUCCAUCACCCCGCCCCAUUCUCCCGCUUUCCAUCACCCCGCCCCAUUCUCCCUCCUUCCAUCACCCCGCCCCAUUCUCCCGCUUUCCAUCACCCCGCCCCAUUCUCCCUCCUUCCAUCACCCCGCCCCAUUCUCCCUCCUUCCAUCACCCUGCUCCAUUCUCCCGCGUUCCAUCACCCCGCCCCAUUCUCCCGCUUUCCAUCACCCCGCCACAUUUUCCCACUUUCCAUCACCCCGACCCCUUCUCUCUCCUUCCAUCACCCCGCCCCAUUCUCCCUCCUUCCAUCACCCCGCCCCAUUCUCCCGCUUUCCAUCAGCCCGCCCCAUUCUCCCGCUUUCCAUCACCCCGCCCCUUUCUCCCGCUUUCCAUCUCCCCGCCCCAUUCUCCCGCUUUCCAUCACACUGCCCCAUUCUCCCGCUUUCCAUCACCCCGCCCCAUUCUUCCGCUUCCCAUCAUCCCGCCCCAUUCCCCCGCUUUCCAUCACCCCUAACCAUUCUCCCUCCUUCCAUCACCCCGCCCCUUUCUCCCGCUUUCCAUCUCCCCGCCCCAUUCUCCCGCUUUCCAUCACCCGUCCCAUUCUCCCGCUUUCCAUCACCUCGCCCCAUUCUCCCGCUUUCCAUCACCCCGCCCCAUUCUUCUGCUUUCCAUCACCCCGCCCCAUUCUCCCGCUUUCCAUCACCCUGCCCCAUUCACCCGCUUUCCAUCACCCGCCCCGUUCUCCCGCUUUCCAUCACCCCGCCCCAUUCUCCCACUUUCCAUCACCCCGCCCCAUUCUCCCGCUUUUCAUCACCCCGCCCCAUUCUCCCGCUUUCCAACACCCCGGCCCAUUCUCUCGCUUUCCAUCACCCCGCCCCCUUCUUCCUCCUUCCAUCACCCCGCCCCGUUCUCCCUCCUUCCUUCACCCCGCCCCAUUCUCCCGCUUUCCAUCACCCUGCCCCAUUCUCCCGCUUUCCAUCACCCCGCACCAUUCUCCCGCUUUCCAUCACCCCGCCCCAUUCUCCCGCUUUCCAUCACCCCGCCCCAUUCUCCCGCUUUCCAUCACCCCGCGCCAUUCUUCCGCUUUCCAUCACCCCGCCCCCUUCUCCCUCCUUCCAUCACCCCGCCCCAUUCUCCCUCCUUCCAUCACCCCGCCCCAUUCUCCCGCUUUCCAUCAGCCCGCCCCAUUCUCCCGCUUUCCAUCACCCCGCCCCUUUCUCCCGCUUUCCAUCUCCCUGCCCCAUUCUCCCGCUUUCCAUCACCCCGCCCCAUUCUCCCGCUUUCCAUCACCCCGCCCCAUUCUCCCGCUUCCCAUCAUCCCGCCCCAUUCCCCCGCUCUCCAUCACCCCUCCCCAUUCUCCCUCCUUCCAUCACCCCGCCCCAUUCUCCCGCUUUCCAUUACACGCCCCAUUCUCCCGCUUUCCAUCCCCUCGCCCCAUCUUCCGCUUUCCAUCACCCCGCCCCAUUCUCCUGCUUUCCAUCACCCCGCCCCAUUCACCCGCUUUCCAUCACCCGCCCCAUUCUCCCACUUUCCAUCACCCCGCCCCAUUCUCCCACUUUCCAUCACCCCGCCCCAUUCUCCCGCUUUUCAUCACCCCGCCCCAUUCUCCCGCUUUCCAACACCCCGCCCCAUUCUCCCGCUUUCCAUCACCCCGCCCCAUUCUUCCGCUUCCCAUCAUCCCGCCCCAUUCCCCCGCUUUCCAUCACCCCUCCCCAUUCUCCCUCCUUCCAUCACCCCCCCCCUUUCUCCCGCUUUCCAUCUCCCCGCCCCAUUCUCCCGCUUUCCAUCAGCCCGCCCCAUUCUCCCGCUUUCCAUCACCCCGCCCCUUUCUCCCGCUUUCCAUCUCCCCGCCCCAUUCUCCCGCUUUCCAUCACACCGCCCCAUUCUCCCGCUUUCCAUCACCCCGCCCCAUUCUUCCGCUUCCCAUCAUCCCGCCCCAUUCCCCCGCUUUCCAUCACCCCUCCCCAUUCUCCCUCCUUCCAUCACCCCGCCCCUUUCUCCUGCUUUCCAUCUCCCCGCCCCAUUCUCCCGCUUUCCAUCACCCGCCCCAUUCUCCUGCUUUCCAUCACCUCGCCCCAUUCUCCCGCUUUCCAUCACCCCGCCCCAUUCUUCUGCUUUCCAUCACCCCGCCCCAUUCUCCCGCUUUCCAUAA